AUGACUUCCUCAAAUUCUCACUCAAUCCCACCUACAUCAACACCAAAAUAUCGCCCACCACAUCGUCGUCAUGAGAACGCUUCCUCUUCCUCUAGGCCACGAUCUCCUACAUACCGUGGCCAGCCCUACCUUACGUACGACGACCUACAUAGAAGAUAUUCACCUCCCAACUCGCCGUCACUCCACAUGCCACGGGUGCAGCGUUCUCUAUCUGCUGAGGACCUUUACCAGCGAUAUCGUGAGACAUCAAGUCAGCCAGGGGAGACGCCACCGUCCCCAUCCCACACCAAUCAAGAGGAGAUACCAGGACAGCAAGAGGAGACGCAGGGCCAAAACUCGGCUGGCAUCUCUGCCUUUCCACCCCCGUCCCCACCACCACCCAUACCACGAGAUUUCGAGACACUCAGAGCAAAUCGACAUCGACCAAUCUCGCCACAGUCAGUCCGACAGCAAAUCAGACAGCCACUCAGCCCAAGGCUACCAGAUCCACCUGUCUUCACAGGCACUAAUUCAAUACCAUUUGAUGACUGGAAAAUGAGAAUCCGAGACAAGCUUACCCACAAUGGUGAUCAUUUCCCCACCGAUGCUUUCAAAAUUGCCUACGUUGUAGCGAGACUUGGAGGGGAAGCCAGUCAGCACGUGUCUACCAGACGACGAUAUCGCUCAUACUCUACAGUCGAUGAUCUUCUAGACCAUUUAAGCAACGUGUAUGAGGUACCCUUAUCCGUUCUUAAGACAACCUAUCAACAUGCUUACGACAAAAUAAGCCAAGGAAGUCAACCAUUUCUCAAAUUCUACGGUGAUCUCAUCAAAUAUGCCGAACAUGAUUUCAGGAAUGACAGUCUGAUAAACGAUAUACGAAAGAAAUCGGAACUCCGUUUGUGUGACUCAAUUAAUCUAUUGGCAAGGGAUUGGACUAUGUCUGAAUUAAAGGAACGUAUUAUGAGAAUGCAGCUUCAAUAUCAACAAUCUGCUGAGGAAUUCGCCGAAAAGAAGGCCCAAAGAUUCGCGGAGCAAUACGCAAAAGCAAAGGCCGAGGCUGACGCAAAGAAGGGUAAAUACUCGAUCAUGACUCGCCCUACUUUCAAUACAGAGGGUUUAAGUCUUGCUGAGGCAGAGGACCUUGCGGAUGAGAACUGGGCUUAUGCACAAAAGCAUGGCAAAUACUUCGAACCCGGUAUGGAUGUCGACGAAGCAUACGAGCUUAGUUGCCAGGGCUUCCUAUGA